AUAAGUCUCAACUCUCAAGAAUUCCAUAGUAGCAAUAGCUAGAGAAUUGGAUUCUACUUUUGUCGCAAUUCCCUCGGUUUUACUCAUAUAUGCAUUAUCGACAUCUAUAUAUAUUUAUAUCCACAGUUCAAAUUCGAUUCUCUCAGUAGUCAUUUAACUACAACAUAUAAGCUCGAUUGAUCAGUGUUGGCUGCCGCUGCAUUUCGGGUUCCUCCUGUUGGUCUCUCUCCCUCUCUCUCUUUCAAUUAGUCAGUGUCUAUAUGUAUAUAUAUCUACACAUACACAUAUAUUCUUCCUUGUCUCUCUAAAUUCCACUACAAUUCUUUGGCUAUUGAUCUGUAUUGGUUUUGGAACCCUCGUGAUUUUAUCAUCAUCAAUACCAAUUUCGUACUGAAUUUGCUUAAGGGUAAUAUUUCUUGCAAGCACGUUACAAAUGAGUCGACGUAUAAAAAAAGGGACAUGCACCUUUUCUUGAUCAAAGAAAAUGGAAAUGGAAAAUAAAAGUUGAAAAGGAAAACACUGAAGCUAAUUCACAUGCUAGAGAAUUACGUGUUAAGAAGCUAAUUCACAUGUCUUGAAUACGUACCUAGUAUUUAUUUAUUAUAUACGAAGAAAUAUCUAGGUAUAAAGUUUGCUUGAACUGCACACUUGAAAAGCUGAAGGGUGACCUUGCUGUUAUAUGGCUUGUUGAUCCUUCUGUUUCCGCAAAUCUCAGAACCAUUUCUUUCAUCUUUCCUUUGUGUUCUUUCUUUUCUUUGGAGAUAAAAGUGAUCUUAGAAGUUUCUGAGCAUGGAAUCAUGCUUUUUAGGUGAUUAUCAGUAAGGCACUUACUUUCCAAUAUGCAAACAUUCGCAGGUAGGUCGUCUACACCACAUGAAUUUGUCUAUCACAUUGUGUUGUUUGAUUUGUCACUAUUUACUUUUGGAAAAUGAAAAGAUAUUGUACUUGUACUUGUGCAUUGUGUCGUGGCGUGCACAUAAUUGCCAAUAUGUUAUAAAUGCAUGAUUGAUGUUGCUUGAUGAGAAUACGGGAGAUUGGCAAAAAAGGUGAAGACAAAUGUGGGUUAGACACUUUACUGUACUAGUGCUGCUGUUUAAUUAUAGAUACCUAGUGCAAUUGAUCAUAAUCAAGUAUUAUGAGUGUGAGAAACUUAAAGUUAAUUAUGUACUGUAAAUCGUUGAAACUAUGAAAAUAGUAACCUUAAUAAUCAAUUACUUUAAUCUCUUCAGAAAAAUAUAACUACUUGGCUAAGUUUCAUGAACUUCAAAACAAUUCUUCACCGAAAUCAACACAUAUAUAAAAUGUUGUAAUAAUCAGAGUGUGUUUGGAGAACCAGUUCUAUGUUCGUAAGAGCAAAUCGUCAGCAAGUACUGGCACAAUUUUUAUUUUUUUGCUAGCUAGAAAAGCGAAUUGAAAUAGCUGAGCUUUUAGCUUCUGAGACAGACAGUUGAAGAAGGAACAAAGAUGAAUGCAUUAGUGGCAACCAACAGAAAUUUUAAGUUGGCUGCUCGGCUUUUGGGAUUGGACUCCAAGCUUGAGAAAAGUUUACUGAUACCAUUUAGGGAAAUCAAGGUUGAGUGUACUAUACCGAAAGACGAUGGCAGUUUGGCUUCAUUCGUUGGCUUCAGGGUUCAACAUGACAAUGCUAGAGGCCCUAUGAAGGGAGGAAUCAGAUAUCACCCAGAGGUUGAUCCAGAUGAGGUGAAUGCUUUAGCACAGCUCAUGACAUGGAAGACCGCGGUAGCCAACAUCCCGUAUGGUGGUGCCAAAGGAGGUAUAGGAUGUGAUCCAGGGAAGUUGAGUAUUUCUGAACUAGAACGACUUACCAGAGUAUUCACACAAAAGAUACACGAUCUUAUCGGAAUCCACACCGAUGUUCCAGCACCAGAUAUGGGGACAGGUCCACAGACCAUGGCAUGGAUACUAGAUGAGUACUCAAAGUUUCAUGGCUACUCACCUGCAGUAGUGACUGGAAAGCCUAUUGAUCUUGGUGGAUCACUAGGAAGAGAUGCAGCAACGGGAAGAGGAAUACUUUUUGCAACAGAGGCAUUACUCAAUGAAUAUGGAAAGAGCAUCUCCGGACAACAGUUUGUUAUACAGGGUUUUGGGAAUGUAGGCUCGUGGGCGGCCCAGCUAAUCCAUGAGGGUGGUGGCAAAAUAGUUGCAGUGAGUGACAUCACUGGAGCCCUAAAGAACAGCGAAGGACUUGACAUUCCAAGCCUGCUCAAGCAUGUCAAAGACAACAGGGGAGUCAAGGGCUUCCAUGGUGGGGAUCCAAUAGAACCCAGCUCAAUCUUGGUUGAAGAUUGUGACAUUCUCAUUCCAGCAGCCCUCGGAGGUGUCAUCAACAAGGAAAACGCAAAUGACAUAAAAGCUAAAUUUAUAAUCGAAGCGGCUAAUCAUCCUACUGACCCUGAGGCUGAUGAGAUCCUGUCAAAGAAAGGUGUUGUAAUUCUUCCUGAUAUAUAUGCAAACUCUGGAGGAGUUACUGUUAGUUACCUUGAGUGGGUGCAGAACAUUCAAGGAUUCUUGUGGGAUGAAGAGAAGGUGAACAAUGAGCUCAGGACUUACAUGACCAAAGGCUUCAAAGGUGUGAAGGAGAUGUGCAAAACCCAUAACUGCGAUCUCCGGAUGGGAGCCUUCACGCUCGGAGUUAACCGCGUUGCAAGGGCGACUGUCCUCAGGGGGUGGGAAGCCUGAGCCUGAGACACUUUGAAUAAAGAUGAUGGCUCUCUAAUGAGACUCCAUUUCGUUUUUACUGAUUUGGUAUUUUGCUACCGUGCGUACGAUGCAUGGAAAUAACUUCAGCACAACUAGUUUCGUAGUAUUUCUGUGUUGCAUCAAUAUGUUUCCCUUUGAACCUUUCAUGAGAUAUGUAUUUGUUCGACAAAUAAAUUUCACCUACAAACAAGGUUCUAAAAAA